AUGACGUGCCGGAGAGCGUUUCCGUUCACGUUUUUGGCGGUGUUGGUGUUCUGUGCCACAUUCCGACGAGGUACUCCCGCUGUCGCUGGAACCAUCGAAAAUAAGAGUGUCACUGAGAAAGCGCAACCAGAGGGUUGCAUUGAGUGCGGAUAUUACAGAUGUCCAGAGAAUCCUGGAAAAUGCUUGUUGGGCUCGGUUCCUGAUCCUUGUGGAUGUUGUCCGGAAACUGGUUUGUGCGCUCGUCUCCUCGAUGAACCAUGUUGGAACGCGAGCAUUCCACUUUUAUCUCCAAAAAGCCGUAAUGAUGGAUACUGCGCAAGAAAUUAUCUAUGCGAGUUACGCUCCGAUUUACAAGAAAAGGAUGCACCGGAAGCAGCUUGCGUCUGUAUGGAACAGAGCCCAGCCUGCGGUAGCAAUAAUGAGACUUACUCGACGCCAUGUGCGUUGCACGAAGAGGCGAUGAAACUCAGAAACUCAUCUUCCUUGAGAUUACAGCAUCUCGGUCCUUGUGAAAGUAGACCUUGGAUUCUGACAACUUUGGAAGAUGUUGUCUCACCUUUUGGUCAACGCGUCGCACUUAAUUGUGAGGCAAAGGGCUUCCCAGUGCCGGAUAUCUUUUGGGAAUUUCAUUCAGCUGACGGGAGAAGAGUAUUGAAAUUGCCGGGAGAGGAGCAUCAGGCGACCAUACAUACAAGCGAUGGUCCAGAACCACUCAUGCGAACAUCUUGGAUGCAAUUGGCUCGGCUAGAUGAGGAACAUAUGGGGAUGUAUUAUUGUAUUGCUAACAAUUCCAUAGGCGAAGCAAGCACUUCUUCAUUCGUGUCCAUGUUGUGAAUGUGCUUUUAUCUUGUGAGACAAUCUGUCGUGUAACUGCUGUGUUCACAAAUAUGAUGCAAAAAGAAAAAUAAGUUAACUAAUAUGUUUGAGAAGUUUAUUUUUUAACAAACAAACGCAUGAAGAAAUCU